AUGGAUUUACAUAUACCAAAUUAUAAACCUAAUUCAGUAUCUAAUAAACAAAAAAAUAGCAAUACUGAUGGCGGUGCACUUAUUUUCAUUUCACUGAUAUGUGCAAUGAUUCGAAAUACGGCAUAUCCUUCAACAAAACUUCAUGCAAUGGAUAUGUUGUUAGCAUUCGGCCAACAUUUAGAAGACGAGUUUAAGUUGGAUCGUCUGGUUCCUUAUCUAAUUUCUCUUUUAGGCGAUAAAGUUGCUCUUGUUAGAGCUAAUGCUGUCAAAACAUUAUCAAAAUUGCUUUCCAUGGUUGAGAAUAUUACUCCUUCGAAUGCUACUAUUUUCCCAGAAUAUAUUAUGCUCAAUUUACGAAAAUUUCCAACUGAUAAAGAAGUACUUGUUAGAAUGACUUAUGCUCAAUAUAUAGCUUCAUUGGCAGAAACUGCUUUAAAGUUUCUUGAAUUAUCUCAGCUUCUAAAAACCGAAGAAACUUCAAAUUCGCUUGAUAAUGACGCAGAUUUUGAAAAUUCAUAUGAGAAGACAUCAUAUGACGCCUCUUUACAUGAACUUCAAUCAAUUAUUCAAGAACAAGUCACAACACUUCUUAUCGAUAAUGAAAGUGCUGUUAAACGUGCCUUACUUUCAAAUAUUACGAGUCUAUGUAUUUUCUUUGGUCGACAAAAAGCUAACGAUGUAUUAUUGAGUCAUAUGAUCACAUAUUUAAAUGAUAGAGAUUGGAUGUUACGAAGUGCAUUUUUUGAGAGUAUUGUAGGUGUUGGAACCUUUAUAGGAGGGUGUGGUUUAGAAGAAUACAUUCUGCCAUUAAUGAUUCAAUCAUUGUCUGACACUGAAGAAUUUGUUGUAGAAAAAGUUCUUAAUUCACUCACAAGUCUUGCUGAAUUAAGAUUAUUUCAAAAAAUGAAAUUAUGGGAUUUGGUAGCAAUUGUUGCACCUUUAUUAUGUCAUCCUGGGAUUUGGAUUAGAUAUGGUGCUAUUGGUUUUAUUGCGUCUGUGGCUAAACUUUUACCACAAACUGAUAUUUGGUGCAUAAUAUAUCCAAUAAUAAGACAAUUUUUACAGGCUGAUAUUGUUGAAAUAACAGAAAUGCAUUUAUUGGAAAAUGUUAAAAAACCAUUAUCUCGUGCUGUUUUUGAUUCAGCUGUGUCUUGGGUAGGCAAGGCAAACAAAUCAUCUUUUUGGAGAACAGCUAAAGAGCAUAAAUCCAAUAAAACUGUGACAGCUACUUUAUCUAGUAAUGCAAGUAUUACAAGCUUAUUGUCCAGAAGAACUUCUACAUUAACGGUGAACGCUGAAAAAGUUACUAAAUCUGAAGAGUAUUUAUUUUAUAUUUUUUUAAAAUGCAAAUACAAUAAUAAAAAUUAA